AUGUUCAAUAACGAGGCCACAAAUCAACGUUUGUUAAAAAAUAGUUUGUAUAAUUCAAUAAAUGAAACACCAAAUGGAAUUCCAAGGAAUUUUACUUCUCCCAAGAUAACAUCGACACCUUUUCAUCCCAUACACAGAAGAAGGGAAACUUUAUUUGCCACACCGCCUAAACCACAUUUGCUGAGCCCUAAGAAGUAUGCCUUGUCAGAUAUUGCAACCCCGCCAAGAAGGGGCCUUAGGGAAACAAGCAGACCCCAAAGCCCCACAGGACCAUUGUUGGCGUCAACACGUUACAAUGUUAAUGUUAGUACUUAUAUGGAUACUAAAAGCCCUGGACUUACAAGUAGAAUUGUUCAGUAUGAAGAAGAACAAAAAAAUCAGCAAAGGUCAAUGCCAACACACCAGAAAAAAUACAAUAGUCCAGGUCUAUUUCCUAUUGUGCAUUUAUUUAAAAAAAAGCCCCCGGUUUUGGAACAAAAACCCAAGACAGUCACUGUUAGAAUAGCAUCACCAGAAUACUCAAGACACAAUUCUCAAGAAUAUAACCGAAUGUUAAUGGAAGGUAUUGUUAAACCAUCUUCAUCCACCAGUGGUUUUUCACCACCAAAAACCAACUCAACCAGCACAAGAAGUGUUUUGGAUGCAUUAAAAGAGAUUUCGAGAAAGCGAAUACACGCAAAUGAGGAUUUUGACUUACUUGAGGAAUCAGGAAAGAGACAAAAAACAGACUAUUUUAAUGGUAUGGAUAAUAAUAAAAGGUACAGAGAUGACACAUCAGUGAUUGACAGUCCUGUUAGUCCUAGUUCCACCCAAAAAUCAAAAAGAGUUUGUGUUUAUGAUGAGUAUGCUGCUUCCAUAUCUUCUUCAAUGUCUAUGUUACCCAUGAAUAAACUUCAUGUUACACCAAAAAGAAAAUCUAUUACAACCAGUACUUCACCAGAAAGUCCUAUAAAAGAAACAAAACAAGUGAAACUUAUUAAUGCAGAAACUCAGACUUUAACUACUCAGGAACCAGAAAAACUAAUUAACGAGGAACUUCAAAAUACCGAAAUCGUUACUACGAAUGCUGAAGCUAAAACAACGGAACGCGAAAUGCCUGUUAAAAUAUUUGAUGACGCUCCAUUAGAUCGCAUCCGAAAAAACCGGUUGGCUGCCUUGAUGGGAACGUUGGCGGGCAAAAGUCCCGUUUUGAUGCCAAAACCAUCAGCUAAAGAGCAAUUCACUAUGGGACAAAUGGCCGACGAAACCGACAAUAAGUCAGAAAAACCACUGGUUGGUAUACUAUCAACUCCCAAAAGAUCUUCGCCUGUGAAAUCUGAUAAACAUGUGACGUUUAAUUUGUCUGCAAAUAUUGCAUUUUCUGAAUCAAGCUCCAGUAGCACUGGGUUUGAUUUAAAUGGCGGUUCAUCAAAAAGUAUCACUACAAACGCGAAUACCUCUACCCUUGCUAAGACUAAUAUAAACGAACCCUCAAAAUUAAUUUUAUCUAAAGAAACUACAGUCACCCCAACACCCCCAACUUCACCAGUUAUGUUUGAAAAGAAAACAAACGAUGUCACUUCAAGUGCCAGUUCUACAAGCCUUUCCCAAACCUUACCAAUUUCUUCUACUACUACAAUGAAUUCAGGCUUGAAGCCCUUAGAAACUUCAAACAGCCUCGCCAAAAGCGCCGCUUUAAAUUUUGAAAAUAAUUCAAGAUCAGAGUCUACAACUAACAUGAGUAUAGCUUCAUCCACAAGCACUACCAGCUACAUGAGUAUGGCUUCAUCCGCAAGCACUACCAGCUUAAAAUUCGAGACUCCAAGUACAUUAUCAACUUCACCUAAACCUGGCGGUUUUAAGUUUGAUCUAAGCCCCUCAAAAUCUAAUGCUCCCUUAGUUAGUUCUACUAGCUCGACUCUGCAAUUUUCUUUUGGAACUUCAAAACCCUCUGAUAAUUACAAACCACCAAGUGCUACUGUAGAAAGUAGUACUAAUAAAGGCGGAUUUUCUUUUGGUAAAUCCACCGCUUCUGCUACACCCUCAUUUGGCUUAUCUACAUCGGCGUCUCCCGGUUCCACGCCAUCCUUUAAUUUUGGUUCUGCAACUCAAAAUAGUACCCCAACAACUUCUACUCCUUCAUUUAAUUUUAAAUCUAACACUUCAGCUUCAUCAACCUUAGCUACAACAAUACCGUCUUUCGGUAAUAACUCCAAUGCCGAAGCUAAAUUAUCAGAACCGUCAUCGUUUAAUUUUAAGUCGCCAUCAUCCACGCCCCCUUCAGUGAGUAAACCUCCUGCAUUUGGCGUUAGUUCUAGUACCGCCCCUACAUUUGGAGGUGGAAUGCCCAGUUCUAGUACCGCCUCUGCUUUUGGAGGCGGCAGUAACCCCGCACCAACAUUCGAGGUAAAGGCGACAUCAGUACCUUCACCAUUCGGAUUAAAUACAACUACAACAACGCCAUCAAUGUUCGGUAUGAACACUCCCUCCACUGCACCUAGUUUUGGAGGCAACUCAACAACCCCCAGCGCUUUUGGGGCUUCUAACACUUCAGUAUCAUCAUUUGGUCUCUCAACAGCCACAAGCACAACACCAUCCUUUGGGUUAAAUACUUCUAAAGCCCCAUCAUUCGGCGUGUCGAAACCCCUCCCUGCUUUUGGAUCCACGACCACGACGACCUCUAGCUCUACAUUUGGUGGUUCAUCUGCUGAAUUUGGGGCUACAUCUGCACCAUCUUUUGGAGUUUCUACCCCAUCAUUUGGUACUCCAACAACUAAAACGGCUUCAUCUGGGUUUGGCGGUAAUAACUUUGUAAGCAAAGCUUUUAAUUUCAAUUCAACUACACCAACACCUACACCUGGUCCUAUGUUUGGACAAAAAUCAAAUGCGUUUGGGGAUGCCAACAACAGUUCUCCGUUUAGUGCAAAUGCUGCCCCCAAUACUUCUGUAACUACUUCAGCAGCAGUUUUCGGAAAAUCCAAUAAUAAUCCAAUAAGUACCACCGCAACAUCUGUAUCAAUGUUUGGAAAACCAACCACCGCGUUCGGGGAUCAAAAUAACAGUUCUCCAUUCAAUGCAAGUGCAACUUCAUCGCCAUUUAAUGCUACUACUGCAAACACUUCAGCCCCAUUGUUUGGAAACACAAACACUAACCCCACAUUUGGCGCUGCAACUACAACAGCACCAAUCUUUGGUACCACUAAUACCCCAUCGUUUGGACAAGCCAGUAGUAACAUAUUUGGUGCCCCGAAUGUAACGGCGCCUCCUAGCAAACCUCUAUUUGGCGGUACCAGUGGAACUUCAGGAUUUAAUAGUACUCCAUCGGCUAACGCAUUUGGAUCUCCUAAUACAUUUGCGGCCAAGACUACAGCCUCCAGUUUUGGCGGUAGCACUUUUGGAGUUACCACAACAGCAAAUAGUACGUUUGGUACUGCAACUACCACUUUCGGAAAUAGUUCUGGUUCGACCUUUGGAAAUGGAAGCACUAGUGGGUUUGGAGGAAAUACUAAUACAACAGGAGGUUUUGGUACAACAACUAAUGGAUUUGCUGCUAGUGGUAACGCCACUAGUGGCACAACUGGCUUUGGUGGCAGUACUUCUACAUUUGGAGCGGUUACCACUACAGCAUCUCCGUCAACUUUUGGUUCACCUGCAGUAAACAGUAAUAUGUUUGAAGGUGCUUCCAAUAAUAAUUUUAACUCUGGUGGUUUUGGUACAAAUAAUACUGCAUCUGCAUUUUCAAAACCCGCAUCCACGGCAUUUGGUGCCAAUAAUUCUACACCAAGUUUUGGCGCACAAACUGGAUCAACAUUUGGAGUUCCAGCUCCGGCUACGACACAAGCCAGCGGCGGAGGUGUAUUUAAUUUUGGAGCCAGUGCUGCAGCACCAAAACCGGCAGCAUCCGGUGUAUUUUCCUUUGGGGGAGGCGCAAACCUUGCAGAAGUGCCCAAACCCAGCUUCAACUUUACAGGGGGCUCUGCCGCAGCAAAUUCGCCUUCUUUUGGGGCCCCGACGCCCAAUUUCGGGGCACCUGCAGUGGCCACUUUUAAUGCUCCACCUCAGGCAGGAUCAUUCAGUAUCGGUACUUGGAACACCGGUACGGGCACAUCUCAGCGCGCUAAAAGUAAGGCGAAACGAAGGACUUGA